GCUGGCGCCUGUUAGCGCACUUGUUUUCAAGAAUUCGGUCCAGAGGAAAGUCUCGGUUCUUGUUGGAGUUUUCCCUGAAAAACAGCAAAAAUGGUUGAGAAUUUUGUUGGAACAUGGAAGAUGAUCUCCAGUGAGAACUUUGAUGAGUACAUGAAGGCUCUUGGUGUGGGCUUUGCUACCCGCCAGGUGGGGAACCGAACCAAACCCAACUUUGUUCUGAGCGUGGACGACCAAGGGACCAUCUGCAUGAAGUCUCAGAGCACCUUCAAGACCACCGAGGUCAAGUUCAAGCUCAAUGAGCCUUUCGAGGAGAUUACUGCAGAUGACCGGAAGACCAAGACGGUGGUGACUCUGGAAAAUGGCAAACUUAUGCAGAAACAGAGCUGGGAUGGCAAGGAAACGAGCAUUGAGCGGGACAUUUCUGAUGGGAAAUUGAUAGCAAGGUGCAUCAUGGGAGAUGUGGUUGCUGUGAGGAUGUACGUGAAGGAGGCAUGAGUCUUCCAUUGGAUGCUUCUGGAUGAUGGGCUCAGUUCAAUGAGCGUAUUCCCCAAACUGAACAGUGUGUUCUGCUCUUACUCUUGAUCUUCAUGGUGUUGCCAAAGCCACAUUUUUUUCUACCUGUUUUUUCCCAACAAAAUGCAUCUGGAUUUGUUUGGAAUUGUGAAUUUAAAUAAAGUAAUGAGUGCAGAGAA